GUCCGGAAGUUGUCUGCCUGGAUAGAGGAACACAUAGCGGAUAUAUGGGAGGUCCAAGAAAUCGUUCGUAAUCUACUGUGUCAAUAUAGUGGGUAAGAUAACAUAGUCAAUUUACAAAAGUAAAUCCAGAUAUACUGCUGUACUUCAGACCAUGAUAGAGCAACUGUUAUCUGAAAGACGAUGAAAAGCAAACUCAACGGGAAAGGGAAAGGAUCCAGGACCUGAGAGCUCUCAUCAAAAUUGAGCGAGAUCAGCCAUUAAAAUCUGUGAUAAAUAUGAGUCCUGCUGACUGUGAUUCGUCCAUGGCCGAGUCUGUGUCUCUCGUCGCUUCUGCCUCAAGUUGAGCGGCUGUUAAAAUGAGUGUGGCCGGGGUCUCUGGAGCAGGGCUUUCCCAAAGGCCUUGAUAUGAAACCUUUGACCCUCUGGCUGUGCCUGCUAAGCGUGAGCCUUCCUCUGUUGUUUUGGUUUGGACAUGUGAUCCGGCGGGAUGGACCUCCGCCCGCUGUGCAGAGCAACGGACUCAAGGGCUACACGAGGAUCCCCCCUGACAGGAUGGUCCAGUUCCUGGACAUGCACUGUGACCAGUGUGCCUUGGUCUCCAGCUCAGGUCAGAUGUUCAGAGCAGGUGCUGGAGAAGAGAUAGACAGCAUUGGAUGCGUGAUCCGGAUGAACAACGCGCCCACAGUGGGGUACGAGAAAGACGUAGGGAGCCGCACCAGUGUUCGGGUUGUGUCUCACACCAGUGUUCCCCUGCUGGUGAGAAACGAGCUCUACUAUUUCGAGCAAUCGGCGGACACCACAUAUGUGGUCUGGGGUCCUGAGAGGAAUAUGAGACAGGACGGGAGAGGACGUGUCUUCAAUACCCUUGUGAAAAUUGCAAAGAAGUAUCCAAACGUCAACAUCUACGCAGUGACCAGAGAGAAGAUUCAGUACUGUGAUAGUGUGUUUCAGAAUGAAACUGGAAAAAACAGAAUGAAAACGGGGGCGUUUCUCAGCACCGGGUUCUUCACAAUGAUUCUGGCCAUAGACAUGUGUGACAGCAUCCAUGUUUAUGGAAUGAUCAAUGACAACUACUGCAGUCGAGCCAAUCACACAGCUGUUCCGUACCAUUAUUACGAGAGGAACCGAAUCGACGAGUGCAAGAUGUACAGAGUCCACGAGCACACGCAGCGCGGGGGUCACCGUUUCAUCACUGAGAAGGCCAUCUAUGCCAGAUGGGCAACACGGCACAAGAUGGAGUUUAAACACCCCACCUGGAGCCUCUAAAGACGACCAGGAGAUGUUCCUACAAUGACGCUGGUGUUCAAGUUGGCUGGGUUUUGAUCUUCUGCUGAUGAACUGUUGCCCGAGCAGAACUUUUUAACCAGCUCAACAGCUUGAGUUGACAAGGGCCCCAUCUGAUAGUGGCUCAUUGUGGAUACAAUUAUCUGCAACCAUUUAAAGCAAAACAGCAUUGCACUGUAUUAUCCUAAAUAACUGGGGUAGAUGGGGACUUGUUUUCUAAUGCAGAAAAAACAACAGAAAAUAAUAAUCCUAAAAUGGUUUCAUAGAAUUUGUCUGACAUAAUCUCACCCCCUUUGAUGCCUAAAUCUUUAAUGUAGCUGCUAAACUAUAAGCGUUAGCUCAUACCAUGUCUAACGGGGUGCGCAAGAUCAAAUGUGCAUCAUUGGGGUACAUGAGGUCAUUUCAAAAAAAAAAUGCUCAAUGGACUACGAAACUUCACCCUACUUCCCGUCGGUGUGGGGGUGACUAGAUACUGACUGAAUUUUUCAUGGUUGGGUCCUUUUAGAUUGGGUCCCAAAUUUACCAGCAUUUAGUUGGUAACAGGUGGUAAAGCACUGCCCUCAGUAUUACUGAAUUCUUCUGCUACAGUAUGUAUAGUCGAAUGCAGGUGUAGAGACUGAAGAACAAUAUAAAGCCACUAAACUAGACACUAAAACCAAUUAUACCAAAGCUUUCAAUUUCUGAUUUCUAUUUAUAUGUGCCUUGACUUCCUGUUUUAUUCUGCACAAUGUUCAUGUUAUGCUGCUGUCUGGCUUGCAGCAAAAGUAUGCACCUUUACUCUAUACAGCAGGAAGUGCGUUGUGUAGAGCUACAACUAACGAUGAUGUUGACAAGUACCGGUAAUCAGUUCGUUAUUUGGUCCACUGAAUUGUCAAAAAUGUUAAUCCUAAAGUCAAGUUGAGGUAUUUAAAAUGAUUUGUUUUGUUCAGUUGGAAGUCCAAAAUUAACAAGUAUCUAUACUUAACAACAAAAUCAUGUUUGACACGCUGGGACUAUCGAGCAUAAAGAAAGUUUAAUUUAAAAAAAAAAAAAAAAAAAAAUCAUUAUCAAAUACUCAUAGCAGAUUCAUUGACCAAUAGAUUUAAGCUCCUGCAUUGUGUUUCCUGCUCUCCUUUCUGUAAAGUUGGUCAGUAUUUUUGCCUGUAAGGUGACUCCUCCUGACAUGACGUCCCUCCCGGUUCGUUGGGCACAUUUUGUUUGUUGGCUCUGGGCCUCAGCAGCUGUACAGCAGCUGCUCACGCUCAUACACCAGACAACCAACCUACUAACUGUUAUUUUUGUAAAGUGUGACAUUGAAGCUUCAUGCCGUUCACUUACCCUGACUACAACCAGUUACAGUGUUUAAGUGUUUGACGUAGUAAUAGCUGGAAGCUUUUUGUUUAGCCAAAACAUUUCAUGUACGCCGAGUGCCAUUUAACACAAAGAGGGAUCAGUUUGCAGCGUCGUAUCGUGAGUGACGGAGCACAGUGAUUCAUGCUGUUUAACAGAGCAGCCAGCAAUCAAAUGUAACUUCUGCAGAAAGUUCAGUCCACCACAGACAGCAGUCUGUCUCAGCAGACAAUAAGAGGAUGGAAAACAGAGCCUGCAUGUCUUUGUGAUGAAUAUCUGUGUUCAAGGGGAGGGGUACGGAGAACCAGCAGAUUUCCUGGAAGGCUGAUGAGAUCAGUGCACUUGUGUUCCACCACUGUGUGUCUAUCUUAAGCCUCUUGACAGAAAUCUACAGAAAGCGAAGAAGAGUUUCAUUUCUUUAACGUUGAAGACAACAGGCCUGAUACCAAAUGCAUACAAGGAAUUACUUGUCUUCUGACGUCAGUUUUAAAAGUGUUUACCCUUCAUAUUGUGCUGCCCGUUUACAAUGAAAAACAUAGUGCUGCCUUUUCUGUUGAGUAUUGCUGAUUUUGUGAUGAAUUCCAAAGACUGUAAUAGUAUUUGCACUGCCGACUAGCAAACUACUGUGUCAAAGAGUUUUACUGUCAAGAUGUUGUUUUUUUUUUAGUUGAAGUGUAUUAUUUUUUAAUUUGGAGUAAUUAUAAAUAGUCUACUUAUGCUGUGAACUGCUGAAUGUAAACUUGACCGCUGGUCACUGCUGAUGGGUGUCAACAUGAUUAAAUCUGCUGUAAGAUGCCGUCUGCUUGUGAGUGAGACUCUUGACCAGUUGUCUUUACCCUCUGUCCCCUUUGACCACUUGAUUUGUAGCUACACACAGUAACUCCUCAUUUAAAGUCUCAGUAUGUCAACCUCGGUCCAAAUGUGAUUUCACCGAUUGGAUUUCAACUGAGGACAGAGUGUGCUAGAUUGAUGGUUUCACUACCAGUGAGUGUGUUAAACUACGCAUUAGGAUAUUUAUAAUCGGACCAUCUGUUACUUCCUUAAACGGGGUACAUUGUUUCCAGUCACACUUUUAAGCUGUCUUGUAAAUCAGUUCAUUCAUCAAUUACAGUGAAUUAACCCUAGAUGUGAAGUGCAUCUAUUGAUUUGCUCCUUGACUGAAGAGUUACUUGGUUAUAUUCUUAGUAAUUUGUAUUCUAAGUUCACCAUUAUGUAUAUUAAUAAUGUAGUUUGUGAAUGAAUAACCCAAUAUUUGAAAAAGGA